UCCAUUUCUAUUAAUCCUCUGUCGUGGAUGUCAACAAACUUCAUAGCAACUUCGAGUGCAUGCCGCUAAUUAAGGUUUCAAUCGUUUAACCUACAAAAAGAAAAGACAGUAGCGAUGUCGUUCUUUGGAAUAUCCCAAUUGGGUUACCAGAAUACACUCCGUGAGGCAACAAUCCAAGCCAAAAUGGACCCUGUUCGCUCAAAAACACAAAUCGGAUUUGUUGCACUACCCCCGCUGGCAGAGAGGAACCCCCCAAGGCGUUCCAUCGUACCGAUUGAUCAGGUGUCUGGUUACGGACCUGGACCACAGGGCUCACACGUAGAAUACACGAGGAUGAGAACGAAGCAUAUACGUUCUCCAAAAGAACCCUUUGAGAUAUACAGAUUCCCCGUUCAAACAUCUAGACAAGUUGGAUGGUGGAGUAAAGAGGAGCCAUUGAGAAAGAACCAGCCCUGGACCUAUGUGCCUCGCCAUGUUCAUGUCAACAGUGAAAUGACAAGAUUUGUGAAUGAAAUGAGCCUAACUAACCGAGAGUUUACCUUGUUUUAAUACUUUUUGCCACAUAGCCGUAAAUGUGACAUACUUGAAAGAGGAGGAUGUGGAUGAAUGUGGAUUACUAGAUGACUCUAUUCUAUUAAUUAACAAUUAACACAUAUCUACAUAAUUAUUCAUAUGAAAAAAUUUUUUAAACCUCUUUUCAUAUAAUCAUGAAUACCUCAGUUUAUUCUAUUGGGUAAACUUUAAUAUAUACGAUAUACUUUUUAUUGCAUGCUCAAUGUCUGUAGAAGGAAACUAAAUAAAUAAAUAAAUGUGGAUUUUGAGUAUAAAUAUAUAUAGUGUACAUGCUUGGAAAUAUAUUAUAUUUUUUCACCCAAUUCAUUAUUUACCUUAAUUUUUCUGAUAAUGUUUUAAAAAAUUUCUUAUUGGAAUUGUUUGUAGAAGUACCAAUUUGAAUUCAGCAUUAUUUUUGGUGGAAAAAAUAUUUUGGAGUAUUUUUCUAUGUACCGAUAUGUUACUGGUAAUAUAAUGCAUCGAAAUCCAGCAACACUAAAUUACAUUGUCUUUUUGAAAUGUUUUACCUAAUUACAAUAAUUAUGGUGUGACUUCAACAGCAUUACAACAGAGUUGUAGUACUUUUAUAUUGCUUGGCAUAAGUGUAAUCAUGGAUAUUUUAAUGAUUACAACUGAUGAAUUUUGUACAGAAAUGUAGAACUUUAUAAUUAUACACAGACAUCAUGAACAAUUUUAUAUAACUACUAAGAAAUUACUUGUAUCAGCAAUGCCAUCAUAUUUUCUUAGAAACUAAAAAAAAAAAUUUUUUAAAUAGUCACAAUUUAAUUCACAUCAUUUCAAUAAAUGCUCAGUUCUAACCCAACUUCUAAGAAAUCAUUUUUUUUAGCCUCCCCUUGUAUGCCUAAGCAAAACAUUGCUAGAACAAAAACUAAUAGAGCAACUCAAUUCCAAGUGAAAGCUUCAGUGAACUUAAUUAGGUUAGCCUGCACUAGCUGUCAUAUGGAUCUUAGAGUUGAAUUCUUAUAAGAAUUUGGAUCUAUAUUUAUUGCAACUUUUGAUAGCUUAACUUAAUGCUUUUGAUUCUUUUUAAUGACUUGUGUUUUACUUUUGAAGUAUGUGUUCACGUCUUUGUUUUGAAAAUGUUUGUUGUUUUUUCUCAAUAAAUCAAAAUAUCAUUGAUCUUUGA